AUGAUAGACCAAGACCCCAACGAUAUGGAUCUCGAUGAUUCGAUAGACAAGCACCAUUCACCUAUGGUAGUUGGCUCAGACGUCAGUUUGGACGACGACGAUGCCGACGACCUUGACAUGAAGAACAUGGCUAUCAAAGCGUGGCUGGUGAAGUUGCCCAAGUUCCUGUUCGAAAAGUGGUGUGAUAUAGAGAGUGAUGACAUAGAUCUGGGUACAGUACAGAUCUCCAACGAUGACCUGGGUCCUGGGGCUAAUAAAAUAAGAUUAAUAUUAUCGAAUAUUGAUGCACACACCGAAAUACCAAAGGAAUAUGAACUUCAAAUUAUAAAUCAAGAUGUAAAAGAUAUCUAUACUUUCUAUCAAAACAAAGAAUCUGGAGCUGUAUCUUUGGCGGCUACAGUGCACCAUAACUGUCUCUCAAAACCCAUAUUGACGGGUGAUUACAGUAGAAAAUUACGAGAGCGCACUAUGCAGGCUGGACAACCUAAGCGAGCUAUUAAGAUGAUGGAUGAGAAUGAGAAUCGUGGGGCCUAUGUUCCGCCUGGAUCAUCCGGCGCUGCAAUUACUAAGUUCGGCAAUCUAGUGCAAAAGAAACAAAAAGUUUCGAUCGAACAAAAGACAACUCGUAUGCCGAAGAACGAACUUAUUGAUUUAUUGUUCAAUGCGUUCGAGUUGUACGCAUAUUGGUCGCUAAAGGGAUUAAAGAUUUAUGUCAAACAACCGGAGUCCUAUUUAAAAGAAGUAUUGAGCGAGAUCGCUACGUUAGAUAAAAAAGGAGCGUACACCAAUUGCUAUCAUCUGAAGUCCGAGUACAGUCGUCACGCUGCAACCAAUGAAUCUAUUGCCCCAGUUGGAUUGGUAUCAGGCAACUCGGAAUCACAACCCGAAAAACUAGGGUCAAAAAAUGCAAAAAGCGAACCUUUGGUGCAACUGUCGCGUUGGCGACUAUUCUGGGUUAUGAUCGGUCUUGGCUUUGCCAUUUUUCUAGCUGCAUUAGAUCAAACCAUUGUCGCAACAUCACUAUACAGGAUAGGUUCUGACUUUAACGCUUUGAACGAAAUUGCCUGGGUUGCAAUCGCAUAUCUGUUAACAGCUACCGCAUUUCAACCAACAUACGGAAAGAUUUCUGACAUAUUUGGAAGAAAAGCAACAUUUUUGUUUGCCAUUUUGGUAUUCGAAUUGGGUAGCUUGUUAUGUGGAUUGGCACCAAAUAUGACACUACUGAUAAUAUUCCGAGCUAUAGCAGGAAUUGGAGGUGGUGGUAUAAUAGGCUUGGUAAUAAUUAUAAUUGCAGAUAUUGUUAGUCUCGAAGACAGAGGAAAAUACCAGGGUCUUAUCGGUGCAGUGUUUGGUAUUGCGUCAAUUGUCGGUCCUCUAUUGGGUGGGGCUUUUACCGAUCAUGUUACUUGGAGAUGGUCUUUCUACAUUAAUUUGCCGUUUGGAGCAAUAACGCUUGUCAUUGUAAUCUUCCUGCUACAACUUCCCCGGCCGCAAGGCUCGUUUAUGAGGAAACUCGCCCGUGUCGACUGGUGGGGUACCCUGUUAAUGGGAGCCGCGACGGUUUGCUUGUUACUACCUUUAAAUUGGGGCGGAGAUCAAUAUGAAUGGAACGAUCCAAUAAUUAUCUCCCUCUUUGUUGUGGGGGCAGUGCUCUAUGCAGCUCUAAUAUGUGUCGAGGGAUUUAUAGCUGUCGAGCCCAUCAUUCCGCUUCGACUAUUCAAAAGUCGGACUUUGGUGUCAAGUCUACUGGUCAACUUUUUCCAAGGAAUGGCAUUCUUGGGCGCUAUCUAUUACAUACCGUUGUAUUUCCAAGUUGUCCAUCAUGACUCGGCAACUAUUGCGGGAUUGGAAUUGGUACCAUUCAUUCUUGGUGUUGUGUUUGCAUCAAUUAUAUCCGGACAAGCAAUGUCGAGGGUACCAAAGCUAAGAAAACAAAUAUUCUGUAUUGCUGGCUCGGUGCUAAUUACCAUCGGAGCGGGACUGAUAACCACAUUCGACACUGAAACUAACCGUGGAAAACAAAUCGGGUAUUUGCUCAUUAUGGGAGUUGGAGUAGGGUUGAUUAUGCAGACGACACUGCUGAUUGGUCAGGCUUCUGUCGUGUUUUCGGAUGUCGCUGUUAUUUCUUCGGUUCUGAUGUUCUUCAGGACAGUUGGAUUUGUUUUCGGAGUUGCCAUAAUAGGCACCGUUUUCAAUAACGAACUCCGUAAUCAGAUCGAAUCAUUAAACAUAGACCUCUCCUUUGACGUCCUUAAGAAGAAUACGAAUAUCAUCACGCAGCUUCCUCCAAACGUGGAGGGCCAGGUUAUUAAUGCCUACGUGCAAGCAUUACAACUGGCAUUCACAUGUAUAAUUCCAAUGGGUUGUUUAUCUUUCUUGGCUUCUGUAUUUAUUGGGAGAAAUAAGGACAUUGGUCGACGGCCCGGAGAGAACGUGCCUGUCGGCCUUGAAUAA